AUGCCCAAAAUUGGCUGGUCCUUAUCGGAAGAGGAGAACCUCUAUCCAUGGCUACUACAGCAUCGAGAGAUGUCGUGGAAAGCAAAAUCCAAGGCGUACUUCAGACAAUUCGGACUAAAGCGAACAGGCGAGUCGUUGCGAGGCAAACGGAACUAUCUAUUACGAGAAUACCGCGCUAUACAGAAGAGACUAUCUAAGGCCUCCCAGUCGGGGAAACGCCAGCCACGAGUCCGACGCGAAGAAGCCCCGAGAUCAUUUCUACCGUCUCCUCCUAUCUUCACACCCAGAGCGUCCAGCGCAAAGACCCGCCAUUUACUCCAUGCGAUACAACAGCGGACAGUUCCGGAACGUCGCUUUAUAACAAGAGCGCUGGAAGGUACUAAUCAGAUUCUACCUAGUGAGAUAGAGAGACAGCACUAG